GUCAGAGCUCGGAAGCGGCCAAGCUCUCGCGAGAUCCGGCCGGAGGGAGCGCUCGCGGGGUUCCUGUCCCCUGGCGACGGCGCUGAGAGCCGAGGCCGCAGGCCCGCCCCGCCCCGCCCGUAGGGAGCGCAGAAAUGGAUGUGCAUUCAGAAGAUGUAGAGCUCUAAUGUGAAGCCUGCGACAAAGUCAACAAUGGCAUCAGAACUUUGUAAAACGAUCUCUGAGGCAAAGCUGGAAAGGCACAAGAACUUGUUCUUAAAUUACCGAAAUCUGCAUAAUUUUCCUUUGGAAUUAUUGAAAGAUGAGGGUCUGCAGUACCUGGAGAGACUCUAUAUGAAAAGAAACUCCUUGACCACCCUGCCAGAAAACCUUGCACAGAAGCUUCCAAACCUCGUGGAAUUGUACCUUCAUUCAAAUAACAUAGUUGUUGUACCUGAAGCUAUUGGCUCCUUGGUUAAACUGCAGUUUCUGGACCUAAGUGACAACGCUCUUGAAAUUGUGUGCCCUGAGAUUGGCCGCCUGAGGUCUUUACGUCACCUUCGAUUAGCCAACAACCAACUGAAAUACUUACCUGCAGAAGUCGGAGACUUGAGGGAGCUGCAGACCUUGGACAUUUCAACCAAUCGUUUGAUAGCUUUACCUGAAAGGCUGCAUAUGUGCCUUUCCCUGCAGUACCUGAGUGCUGACGGGAAUUAUCUAUGGUGUGUCCCCCGCCACCUCUGCCAACUCCCUAGCCUCAACGAGCUGUCCAUGGCUGGAAACUGUCUUGCAUUUCUGCCACUUGAUUUAGGUCGUUCUCGAGAACUGCAAUAUGUUUAUGUGGAUAACAAUAUUCACCUGAAAGGGCUCCCUUCUUAUCUGUACAAUAAAGUCAUUGGUUGCAGCGGCUGUGGCUCCCCUAUUCAGGUUUCAGAGGUGAAGCUGCUCUCCUUUUCAUCGGGACAGUUAACUGUGUUCCUCCCAGCAGAGGUGAAGUCUAUAGGGACAGAGACCGAUCACGUGCUGCCUUUGCAAGAGCUAGCCAUGAGGACACUCUAUAACACCUACUACGGGUUUUUAAAAGAUUUCAGCUUCCUGACUCCAAUCUCAUUACCCAAAAGUCUCUUGGAAUUACUGCACUGCCCUCUGGGACACUGUCACCGUUGCAGCCAGCCCAUGUUUACCAUUGUCUACCCAAAGCUCUUUCCCUUGAGGGAGACUCCAAUGGCAGGCCUGCACCAGGGGCGGCGAACUGUUAGUUUUGUGGCAUACUGCUGCUCCACCCAGUGUCUGCAGACUUUUGACCUACUGAGUUGAUAAACGCUUAAAGCUACUCAGGAGCGUUGCCAGUUGAAAGCUGCAUUAGACUGUGUAUCUCGUUGGUACUGGAAUACUGUAUGUUUGUGUACAUGUGUGCAUACUCCAAAAUAGCAGAAAUGCUCAGUCAGGAACACUAAGAGGCACUUAAAUCCUGCCCUAUCAAUUUUAGAUGAGCUGCAAAAACUUUUUGGAAAUGUAACGAUCAAGCUUUUACAAGUAUUAACACCUUUGCUCUCCUCCAAGGCAACGUAUAAAUCGAACUAAUUCCAGGGGCUCAGUCUCCAGUAUUUUUUGUUAGUGUUUUCACAUGUGGUGCUACUUAGGUUGAUAUUUCAUGUCAUUUAAAAGUGUUUUAGUUCUUGAACAGUGUUAAAUGGACACAUAAUUUAAAAAACAUAUCUCCAGUAUGGCAUCUCAGUUUUCACUUGUUACUUGUAAUUUUCUCCCACUACCACCAGGAUUAGGGGUAUACAGGCACGCAAGGACGGCAGCAGUUUAAGGAUCCCACUUAUAUUUGUGUGCCAUUUUCUCUUCCCUGCCCCCACGCCCCUCAAUAGUUUCCCCAUCAAAGAGCUCUUAUGGCAGUAGAUGGAGCCUUUACAUCUGACUGAUGUGUUCAAAUCCACCUACUAAAAGCAGUCCCUUCCUUCCAGACCUCGCUGCACGACACAGCCUCUGCUGAAGGAGUGCGGGGUGAGCAGGGAGAACUCAGCCUGCUUUUGAAGUGAAGGCCUGCCUGGAGCUACUCCCUCAGGUUCUAGGAAAUCAGUGUCUUUGUUUGUAACACUGAUUUACUUUUGAAAUAGCUUUCAUCUUGCAUGAAAAAAUCAGAGAGAUACAUAUAUAUUUAUCCAUAUUUAUUUUCUGUCUGCUGACGAAAAUCCUGGAGUAGUUUGAGAGGUGAACAGUGAGUCAAGUAAUCUUGCUGAGAGCUGGCCCCUGUAUCUCUGGGUUCAAGGUUUGACUGAUUUCCAAAACAGCUUGUCACGUAACUUCACAUUAGAGGAGUAUGAGAAAAACAUACACGCAUUCUCAAAUAUCUUUACAAAAGGUCUGUAACGUGCUUUUUAGCAUGUUUGUGGCAAGUGUAACUCAAAACCCUAUUUAUUACUGUCUUGGUUGGGGGUCAUUUGUUGUUGGAAUAUUUUCAUUACAACUACAGUAGAAAGGGCAGCAGCAGGCCCAAGAUGUCUGUGAUUUAUAUUUUUAAUUUUAAACUAAAAAUGUAGGCCUUUUGGUCUGUUCUGCAAUAUAUUUUUAUUAAUACGCUGUGUUCAUGAUUAAUUUAGUUUUUAACCACAACUUACUUGGGGACUUAACACAAUGUUCUUCGUUGUAAGUAGUUACAUGCUGAAAUAGAUCUAAAUGGAACAAUUUGGUGAUAUAAAAAUGGCAAGAUAAAGAGACUUACUUGGUAAUGUAUUAAUAUACGCAGUGGUGAGGAAAAUGUAUACCUGGAAAGAGUCGCUUUUUAAAGUGCUUCGCAGUUGCCAAAACAAGCAUCUGUUUCUACUGCAGGGUUGCUGUGAACUGUUCAAAUAAAUGGAGCAUCCUAAGUAUUUCAAAUGUCACUAGAAGGGCAGUUUUUGAGAGCAGGAUUCUUAGGUAGGUUCUACCCAUUACUUAUAACAAGGUGCCACGGGUUCUCUUCAGUUGGUUUUAUGGAGUUGAAGUUGCUGCCACAUAUCAGAAGAUUUAUGCUAUAAAGAGUGCAAAUAUCAACUGCAGUUCCUGAUAAAUGGAACUUUCUGUAAUAAAGCCCUUUUGACAGAUCCACGUUCAAGUGGGAAAUGAGCCCAUGUCCAAACAUCCUCUGUGCUGUUGGAUUUCUUCUCCUCUGUUCUUUCAUUAGUUUGUCUUGUAAAUCUCAAGUCUGGGAUUUCCAAUACGUUGUCUCAGUCAUUGGGGAUCAGUAUAAAGACAGCAACGUGGGUGUUGAGCUUUUCUUCCAUUCUGCAGGACAAUACAAGUUUGAGUUGUAAGUUGCCCAAGUUCAGAGUAUCCCUAAGUCAGAAAAUCAUAGUGUGAAAAUUCAGAAGAGUGGCCCAGAUUCCUCUGUUUAAUGGCUGGCACUUUGCACUAUUUAAUUUGGCACACAAUGGUGUGUGAGGUAUUAUAUACCUUUAAAAUAGAUCUAGAAUGUAUCAACCCAGGCAUAAAAAAAAAAUCCUUUGUGUAAGAGAAUGCAGGCAACAUGCUCAUUUGAAAUUCGGAACAACUGGUUCCCAGGCACUUGCUUUCCCUAAAGUACUGGUGGACUGAAAGACAAUACUGAAAAAUGUUUUGACAGUACAACCACUGUGGAAUUGGAAAUUAUUAUUACUGGUUCCAUGCUUUAAUAGAUCAGGAAAAGAAAUGAUUAAUUUUCAUUUUUUACAUUUUCCUUUAUACUGCAGAUUUUAUAUUGAGUUGGCUGGUUGAUUUUUCUCUUCUCAAUGUUAAAAGCACAUAGACUUGGAAGUACCGUUUUAUUUUAAGCAAAGAUCAACCUGUAGGAAAGUUUAGCUAAAAGAUAGCAUUGUUCUGGUUUAGUGUAGAUCACAUGAUAAGAGAGCUUAUUGUUGUUUCCAUAGCUUACUGAAAGGUGUGAAUUACAAAGUGUUUUAUUCAGUUCAUCAGUCUCUUUAUUGUUAGCAAGUGCAGUCCAGCAUAAUACAAGCAUACCCUGUAAGAAGCUGAAGCUUCACCUAACAUAUUAUAAAGUAAUACUACAAUGAUUCCAGUCUUCAGUAAAUAAAAUAUAUUUAUUUUGUGUAGCCAAAAUGUGACAGUAUACGUUUUUUCUUUUACUAGUGAUACUGGAAGAAAGUCACAGUUAUGGACUGGAAAAAUAGCUUAAAUUCAUGUUUAUCUGGUCAUUACUGAUAGAGCCUCUUUUUGUAUUCAGCUACAUUUGGGUGGUGAGUCCAUAGUUUAAAAUAAUUUAACACCCCUGCUUUGUCCAAUUUUUUUCUGACUUUGGUGUCUGUCUUCAGUGUUGUUUCAAACUGGCCAAUAUGAAGAACAAACUAUGCAAACUGAGAAGGCAGAGUUAUAUUGCUGGCUGGAUGGUGGGUCACCAAUUUUACAGUAGAGAUUCCCACUUUUGUGGGAUCUCUUUCGAAUGCCAUAGGUUUUCUAGCUCAGUUUCAAUUGCUUGGUGUUCCCAGUCUAGAUCGGGUUGUACAGAGGUUACCCAUCCCUUGAUCUUUACACAACCUGGUUCUCUCAAUAGUUGUCCGCAAUAUAAUUCCUUUAUUACUGCUUUUAAGCAUGUGUGAGUGGUGUCUUAAAAUAAAAAUAAAAUAAAAAUAA